AUGACCCAGAGGCUGAGCUCUGCGAACGCUCAGCGCAUCAUCUUCAAUGUCGAAUCUGCGUCGCUCAUGGUCCGAUGGGUGCUUCACCAUGAUGGAGCUCUAGAGAUAGACCUUGGGAAAGCCAUCAAGGCUUUCACUGACAAGAGUCUGUCACCGUUGCAGAUUGAGGCAGCAUGCGGAUUUGCCGUUCUGUUCUCUCCCCUGGCGUUACUUCACAAGUUCCUAUUGUCUGGCCGCCGAGCUGUGACACCUCUAGUUAUGGCAUCUUUUAUGCAAGCUCAGAAAGCGAAACCAGCGUGGCUCGUUUGGACGGAAAAUCUGCUUGUCCGUCGCCUAUGUGACAUUGCGGCGGGUCGAUAUGGGACGUUAGUCGGUUUGCACAAGUUUUUCAGCGACUGGGACAAAUUCUAUGUCAAGAACGAGUCGAGCAUACCUUCGUCAGAACUGUCGUGGCUUCAUAGGGCCAUUCCGUUCGAUUCGGUAUCUGAAAGACUCUCAGUGAAGAAAUCUAGUGAUCACAGCAACACCUUGCUGGAGGACUUCGAAGCCUAUGAGGAGAUUUUAGUAUCGGAGGAUAAUGCAGAAGCGUCCGUCAAGCGUACGAAACCAUCGAAGGCGUUGCCAACACCCCCCACACGCGUAAGUGAACGCUCGAACAAGGGCAAACCUCCCUCGGAAAUCGUCGGGGAAGGCGCGUCGCUCGUUCAGAAGCAAUCGAGGUUGCGCGGAAAAGGCAGAGGUGGCAAGAACGAGGACAACAGCGAUGACGAAGAUGAAUCGGAUGCCUCCGACACCGAGCGUGGAGCUAGAGCGAAGAGCAAAACGAUCGACGGCGAUGAUAUUGAGGAUCCGGACGAGGGCGAUGGUUCGGACAGGACUAAUCACGACGACGACGAAUCAGUCAUAGGACGCAUGCUUGCGAACCAGCAAAGUGACAUGAAUGUCGACGAGGAUGAGGACGAGGUUGGGAACGAGGAACAGAACGACGAGGUUGACGAUGAUGAAGAUGUGGGUAACCUUCAGAAUGUUGGCAACGAUGGCGAGACCGAAAGCGGAGAUGGAGACAUUAAUAAUGAUGAGGUGGCUCUCGCACCCGCUAAACCCAAGAAGAAGACGAAGAAAGCUCGUACCGAGUCGAAAGUCAAACGGAAAUUCGAAUCCGUCCUCGAUGCCAAGUCUCGACAAGUUACUAUCUAUGACCCUCGCAAUCGUGGAGCAUUCUGGAGUCUUUUCGUAUCAGCUGUUGCGCAGGGAAAACGCUCCCAGAAGAAGGCACCACAGAAGCUACGACGACAUGCGGUCCCGGUUCGGAGCUCUGAUUCGCUACUCCUCGAUCUCCCUCCGCGACCCCUCAAACGCGACGAGGAGAUCAAAUACGAGUAUCGUACUUUCAGGCGCAUCGCAAAAAUCGAGUACAAACUCGUCCAAGAUAUCAUGGGCAGUGCAUCAAGUUUUUUGAAGAGUCGGAACGGCCUCCAGGAUCCUGCGACUUACGCAGAGGAGUGGGCCCCCUCUGUCCACUUCUGUAGCUAUAACGAUUGGUCGAGUCUUGAGCCCAGCGCUCUUUUGAAUAUUCAUAGCAAGGCCAAUAUUGUCGUCAGCGAUCACCUGAUGAAGACUGUAUAUGAGGUAUCCGAGUUCUGCUUUUGUGAGCAGUUGGGAAUGAAGGACCUAGUGGAAGUACAAGAUCUUGCUCUGCGUAACAUAAAUUCGUACGGCGUUGAACAUCUGUGGGUCGGCCGGGACAUACUCUUGGAAGAAGCGCAGAAACCGAUUCAUACCGGUGCCUUGUACAACGCACUCGAUAUUCCCCUCGGUCAACGUGGGCUUGUGGAUGUCUAUGGAAUGGGUAUACUGGACACUGGCCGAGCCGCUUGGAAGCCGGCUGAGGUUGUCAUGGAGCGUAUGCAACUGUCUAAUCGCAAGGCAUUCCCAUAUGAUGACGUAUCAUGGGCACUUGUUGGUCUUGCCGACGUGUCGACUUGGCCGCAUAUCGAUGCGGAGGGUGCGGGUACCAUGGUCAUCGUUGUUCAGGGACUCAAGCUUUGGUGCAUGGCCAAGCCCGUUGAUCCGCAGGAUGAUUGUUACGACACCAUCGACGCAUUUGCGCCUAACUACGAUCCGGCGAAUGCCAGCCUUGACCGGUAUAAAUGGGAAGCUGUGCUGCUCGGCCCAGGCGAUUGUUUACGUUCGGUCAUAACGAUGGUCCACGCGUUAUUCACGUCGACUUUCACCACGAACACAUAUCAUCUUGGAAUGAUUAACGUCUUGCUACGCUUGCUCCCUUAUUGGUGUCGGUGCUAUGAAGAGGAAGAGAUCAAUCCCUUGCGAUGUCCCGAUUUAUCCACUACUGAAGGUCUUCUCACUUUGCUUGCGGUCGGGAACGUCGCUUGCUUCUACGAGGCAUUGAUUUAUCGUGGAGACGUCGACGACCUCCAGAACGGACGCAUCGAUGUGGACGAGCUAGCAACAAUCCGUUUCGCGUAUCAGCGGCUGAUGGUCAUAGUUCUUCGAAAUCACGAUGUUCGAGUCGCCAACACGGUGGGAAAGCCGUCGAACGAGGAAUUUACAGUCUUCCACGCCGCUAUCGAGAAAUUUGCGCAGGCGCUCUUAUCGUACGCCGCCAAGGAGCGGGCUAACUCUCGAUUUGGAGGACUAGAGUACAAGCACAACCCGAAGUUGGCACGUCUGAUCCCCGAAAACAUCUAUGAUCAAUUCCGGGAUCCGUUGGAGGAAUUUUGGGCUGGGCAGUGGGAUCACGUUGGUAUACCGGAAAUGGGCGACGCUCUCAACAAGCACCAACGUUUCGAGACGAAAAUCGAGUUGAACGAGCAAGACAUCACCAUUCUGCGUCGACAGACACCUCUCAGCGAAGAACAUUUGGAUCUCACGCCGUUCCUCGCCUCCUCGGAGUCAGACAAACAAACGUUCGUCGCGAACACCAGCUCGAGCAAGCGCAAGCGCAAACAUGGCACCGUUCUCGAACGCGCUUCGAACAAGAGAGUGAAAGUGAUUUUGGGCGAGGAGUAA